UAUUAAAUAUCUCUUAUAUCUUAUACUAAUAUUUAUUUAUUAAUUUGAUUAUGGGGACAAGAUAGUUGGAGUCUUUUUUGUAACUUCAACAAAUAAAUAAAAGAACUUUCUUGUAUGAUAUUGUUGUUGGAGAAGGAUCUGAAUCAUCAUCAAACAUGGGAGCAUGUGUGUCAACUCAACAAGGUUGUGUUGGAGGAAGGUUUAAGAAGAAAAACAGAAAAAGGAAAAGAAUCAUUGGAUUCAGAAGAAGAGUUUCUUCUCAGUUUUCAUCAUUGGAUAAUAACAAAGUUGAUUUGCCAAGUUUGCCUCAACAUUCUUUUACCAACCCAACUUUCCAAGGAAGCAUUGAAGAGGCAUGGUUUGAUUCAGUUACUGUAUUUGAUUCUGACUGUGAUGAUGAUUACCAGAGUGUUCCUGAUGAUGUUGUAUCUCUGAAUGGAAUUGAAGGCGGAUCUGUAUCAAGUUUUCCACAUUCAAGAGAUGCCAAUCAAUCGCAGAAACCGAAUAUCUCUGAGGCUGCUAGAAGUUCAGAUGUUCAGCAUGUCGGUGUAGAUGGAAAUAUGAUUGAAGUAACCGAACCUGUGUUCCUUGACGAUAUUUCCUCGGUUGAUGCGAAUUCAAAUAAGGAUGAAGGAAUUUUGGAUAAUUGUGGCAUUAUUCCAAACAAUUGUUUGCCAUGUCUUGCAUCUACCAUUCCUUCUCUUGAAAAAAGAAGAUCAUGUUCAAGUCCUCCUAAUUCAAAGAAGAAGGCUCCUCCGAAACUUUCUAGUCGAUUUUCUUCAAAGACACUACAAAGACCAAUUGCAGGUUCUCAAGUACCCUUUUGUCCUAUUGACAAGAAAAUGCUUGAUUGUUGGUCACACAUUGAGCCAGGAACUUUCAAAGUCCGAAGCGUAAAUUAUUUCAAGGAUAGGAAGAAGGAAUUUGCUCCAAACUAUUCUGCAUAUUAUCCAUUUGGAGUUGAUGUUUUCUUAUCUCCGCGAAAAGUGGACCAUAUCGCUCGGUUUGUUGAACUUCCUAAUGUUAGUUCCACUGCCAAAUUUCCACCAAUUCUUGUUGUAAAUGUUCAGAUUCCGCUUUACCCUACAACGCUUUUUCAAGGUGAAAUUGAUGGAGAAGGAGCGAGUUUUGUCUUGUAUUUUAAGCUUUCGGAAAGUUACGCGAAGGAACUUCCUCAACAUUUUCAAGAAAACAUUAGAAAGUUGAUGGAUGAUGAAGUUGAAAAGGUAAAGGGCUUUCCGGUUGAUACAAUUGCUCCGUUUCGAGAACGAUUGAAAAUACUAGGCCGUGUUGGCAAUAUAGAAGACCUUCAUUUGAGUGCAGCUGAAAGGAAGCUUAUGCAGGCUUACAAUGAGAAACCUGUUCUUUCGCGUCCCCAACACGAGUUUUACUCGGGAGAAAAUUACUUUGAGAUUGAUAUAGAUAUGCAUAGAUUUGGUUAUAUCUCAAGAAAAGGGUUUGAAGCAUUCAUGGACAGAUUAAAGAUCUGCACUCUAGAUAUUGGUCUUACAAUUCAGGGGAACAAAGUUGAGGAGCUGCCAGAGCAAGUAUUAUGUUGUAUUAGGUUAAAUGGCAUUGACCACUUGAAUUACCACCAACUAGGGCUAACUCAAGAUCCCCUCUAAUAAUAUAAUGGAAAAAGCAUUUGCAUAUCUUGGAAUUAGUUAUUAAUAAUGGUUAUUUCAAGAUGAGUUUUCAAUGCAAUUUUAUCUAGCUCUUUGUUAAUAUGAAUUUUGAUUUCGUACCAUCAGUGAUUCCAUGCAUUCAUGCAAUCAAAUCCUCAAAGUUGAUUCAACGAUUCUGAGCUGCUGAUUGCAUGAAUGCAAUAUUAAUGUGUUAGUAUACGCUUCCAAUAUAAUUAUAUAACCCAAUUUAACUCUUUGUUACUA